AUGCAAAAGUGGUUUGGAUUUGUGUUGUUAUUGACUGAAGUUUACUUAACAGCUUCAGAUCACAGCGUUCAAUUUUUAUCAACUCUUAAUUAUGGUCAACUUGUUACUUCUAGCACUUUAAAGUGGAUUUCAGCCGAGAACGGUAAAAUUCCUAAAAAUUCUGUCAUUGGUGCGACAAGAAAUUCUCAGAAUGAAACUCAGGGCAUCGAAGAUAAAAAUGUCUACAUAUGUCGAGCAAUGCACGACGCGGAAUGGAUUCCGGGUCAGCUUUUAAGAGAAGAAAAAUCAUGUUACAUUAGUUUGCUCGGUUCUGUUAAAUCCUAUAAUAAUUACGAAGUUCUUCAAAAUGUCGAUAAUGGAUCAAGAUUGAUAUGGAAAGAUUGGGAUACUUAUCAGAGUUACCCUACUGGAAUUGUAGCCGGUGGCACCGACUUUUAUAUAGCCCGUAAAAAAUUAGGAGAACCUGAUGAAAACGAUGUGUCUAGUCAAACGGACGAAACAAUAAAAAGUGUUAAAGGUUACAGUCAUUACGUGGGAAAGUUCAAUUCAAAAGAUUCCUUUGGAAAAAUGACUAUUUUGACAGAACAAGAAAAAGAAAUUAUUAUCGGUCAACUUCUCAUUGAAUCAGAACCAGUACGUUACGAAUUAAAUAAUGUUAAAUAUACGGUUUUUCGCCGAAAAGUUAAAAAAGAAAAAAAAUUACUCGCAUUUUCUAUUUUGCGAAAUACCGAAAUGAGACCGUUGAAUGUCGAUUCCGCCCUUGCUUAUAAUUCUACAUAUUUUUCUUAUUGGGGUCAAGGAAAUGCAAUGUUAAAAGGACUCGACACCGUUAUAAGAAAUGCAACUACCGGUAAAAUAAUAACCGAAAUCGAAUGGGGAAUAGAAGAAGAAGAAGAAAGAAAAGAUAUUUACAGGUAG